AUGGGGUCUAUGAGCAAUGUAUUGCAAUACACUUAUCAAGGUUAUGAGUUUGCUGCUGACAUUUUGGAAAGCCUCAAGGAUAUGUUUGCGGAACAUAGUCGUCCCGCAAAAACUGAAGCUAUCAAGAAGCUUAUGAACACCCAUAUGGUUGAUGGAACUCCAGUUCGAGAUCAUGUAUUGUACAUGAUGUCCCUUUUCAAUGAACUGGAUGUUUUGGGAUCAACCAUGAACACUGAAAUGAAAGUAGAAAUGGUGCUCAAUUCUCUGCCUCCGUCGUUUGCAAAUUUCAAAUUGAAUUUCAAUAUGUGUAAGAUGGAGAUGGCUCUCCCUGAGCUGCUCCAACAGUUGCAAACAGCUGAGGGGAUAAUUAAGGAGCAAAAGCCUGCUGGAACACUUCAUAUUGGGGAGUCUUCUUCUGGUCCAUCUGGGCUAAGGGAAAGAAGAAGAAGUUCAAGAAGAAUUCUAAUAAGAAACCAGCAGCGACUAACGCUCUUGGAGUCAAGAAAGGAAAAGGUGAUAAACCUAAAGGGAAAUGUUUCCACUGCCAGCAAACUGGGCAUUGGAAGCGGAACUGUAAGGAUUAUCUAG